UUGCUUCGUUUUCCUUUGCUAUGGUACACGAUGCUAGUGCGGUGCAGGAAACGGGCUGAGUACUGAAAAAUAUCUUUUGGCUACAGCAGAAUAUACUGUCUUCACAGUGCUGUAUUGUACGCUUACUGCUGCAGAAAAAAACAACCUUCUUUUUGUACGUGGGAUCCUAAUCUUGGGACAUAUGCUUUUCUGCUAAUACAUUAUAUAAUAUACCAAAUAUCAGUCACAUAACGUUUUUUUUUUUGUUUUUGGUCGGGGGUGUGUAUAACUAUUUCCUUACUAUUCUGAUUUAGAGGGAGAAAAAAAAACUAAACAUAGUUUAUCAUUUAAUCUUCUACAGACAAUACGUUGUCUAAGUUUUAAUAUUAUUAUUAUUAUUAUUAUUAUUAUUAUUAUUAUUAUUAUUAUUAUUAUUAUUAUUAUUAACAUCGGACAGCGGCUGUUAUAAAUAAUAUAUACGUAUAAAUAUAUUAUGUAUGAAAAAUUAAAAAGCAGAAAAAUGAACAACUCCACGCUUCGAAACGCUCUUUUAGGAAUGGUGCUGGCUGUUUUUACAAAAGGAAUUUGUGUGCAGAGUGCAGACUUCACCCCUCCUCCUGCAGAAAAUAUCACAGUGUGCCAGGGAGAGAGCGCCAUCCUCAGAUGCGAUAUCGACAGUGAGGUGACGCACAAGGCCUGGCUGAACCGCUCCAAUAUUCUCUUCACGGGCAGUGACAAGUGGUCUCUGGACCCUCGCGUGACGAUCAUCAAUAACAACAAGAGCGAGUUCUCCAUCCAGAUCGAGAGAGUGACUGUCCACGAUGAAGGGCCCUACACCUGCAGCUACCAGGCCCGGAACGAACCACGCACCGCCCAUGUUUACCUCAUCGUGCAAGUUCCCGCAAAGAUCGUCAAUAUCUCUGCGGACAUAUCAGUGAACGAAGGCAGCAACGUCAAUCUCUUCUGUUUGGCUGUGGGCAGACCUGAACCAACCAUAACAUGGAGACACUUGAAAUUCUCUGUUCCUGCAGAUGGCUUCAUGAGUGAGGGAGAGUUCUUAGACAUCACAGAUAUCAAGAGACAACAGGCUGAGGAAUACGAGUGCAUCACAAACAAUGGAGUCUCCACCCCAGACACUAGAAAAGUCAAAGUCAUCGUCAACUACCCCCCUGUGAUCUCAGAUGCAAAAAAUAUGCCUGGCGAAGUGGGUAAGACUGCCAUCCUGCGAUGUGAGGCUAUGGCUGUUCCCACUGCCAGCUUUGAGUGGUACAAGGACGACAAAAGGCUGUUGGAACGCAGUCACGGUCUGAAAAUUCAGAACGAGAAAACUCGCUCUCUGCUUAUGUUCACCAACGUCACGGCCCAGCACUUCGGGAACUACACCUGCUUUGCAGCCAAUAAGCUGGGCACCUCUAACUCAAGCAUGCUGCUCUUCAGACCUGGGGCAGUUGGAGGAGGGUCACCCUCGUCAGGGCAAGGCGCUCCCAUGAUGCUCUGGGUGCUUUGUUCGGCCCUGCUUCCCUUCUUCCUGAUGAAGAUCUAAGAGUGCUGGCUCGGACAGGAGACCUUCUCCAUGAACCCAUCACUGUGAACAAAAUAUUAUGCAUUGCUUCCAAGAGCCAUUUCUCCAUCCUCAUUUUCAAAGUGUGUGUUUCUUCUCCCUCUCUGUCCUCGGAAUACAAAUGAUCAUUCUCCUCUUCACCAUCUGUUUGGAGAUCUCUGUAGCAAAACAGAACUUGAAUUAGCUUGGGCCUGUCCAAUGCUUUACCAUGCAUCCCAGGUUACCGAAGUCUUACCUAAACAUCACAGACAUGGUUGGUACAAGUCUUAUAUCUCCCUUAUAUAAAGAAUAUCAGACAGUUACCUUACGUUUCAACUUCCAUAGUUCUAUUUAUGACAGGUUCUCUUUAAGUUCCCAGCUAAGUAGCUGACUUUAGCCGAGAUCGGAGCUCAUUGCAGUAUCUGUGGAAACGUCACAUGAUGUCAUUCUAUCUUUGGUUUUUUUAACUUCUCCGAGGUUUGUAGAAUACAACCAUAGUCCCCAUCAAAAGAGUUCUGCAUUGUGCAGCAAGUUCCACUAAUUCGGUUAUCUUGCUGUGUAUGACGGAAGGCUGGGGAGUUUAAAAACGGUCCAAUAAGAAAAAACAAAUUAAAAAAAAAUGAAAAAUGUUGACUCUAGCUUGAACAAUCAAAAUAUUUUUUUUCUUUUGCACGAUUGAACUAUAAUAUAUUGUAGAAAGCUACGGAUAUUAAAAUGUAGGGUAACUGAUAAAAUGUUGGUGCCACUGUAUAUUCGAAAAAGCAGUUUUAAUAAAUUAAAAGAUUAAAGGUACAAGUUUAUUUGAUUUAACUUUUUUCGUUGCUAACAUGAAAACAAGGUCCCUCCAGUACAGCUGAGGACAAGCUUGGGACAUGGAGGCUGAACAGCCCGCUUAAGAGAAAACGUGGCAACAUAUUGUAUGGAAUCAUGCUUGGUUUCCAUACUAUGUGAGGUUCCAGUCAACUAAUUUCCCCGCUGUAAAUUCAUGAAUCAUAGGGGAAAAGGGUAUUUGAUAAAGCCUGACUGCAUCACCUGUGUUCUUUCAUUUGAGAAUGUAGCGUCAUGUACCAUACUGAGACUGGUUCAAUGAUCCAUUGCCUGUGUCACUGUAUUUGGUGUGGUUUUACUCAAGUGCUGAAAUUAGCUAUGACCCCUUCCAUGCAACAGUGGACAUUGUGUUUUCCCUGGCAACAGGGUUAUAGUGGAGGCAUGCCCACGAAGGUAUCAUACGCUUACAUUUUUUGAUAUACAGUGAAAACCACUUACUCAGAACACUUGUGUCCAUUUUUAUCACCUUGAGCAUGUUUCAUUCUCUGGCUGAAUUAAGUAUUAGAUAUGUUUAUUUCCUAAGCAACACACACACAUUAUUUACAAUCAUUUAACAGCAAAAUGUCGACUGUUUUGUAUUGGCUAGUGAUAAAGCUGUUAUUGUGGAUUGCUUCAAGGAAAUAAACACCAGGAGAGAGGCAAUUAAAUCAUAAUAUAAGGUUUUUGUUAAUUCAGUAACGCAGUGGAUUUUGGAUUGGGUGAAUAACUAAGGGAUCGGGAAUGAUAUUCGUCUUAUAUGUGAUUGAUUAAGUAAGCAGGGAUUCUAUUGGCCGGUUUUCACUGUAUUUAGGGAACCAAUCAUCAGUGAAAACAAAAAGUCUUAUAAGGGCGUAUUUUAAAAGUUUUUAGUCCAGUCUGGUAUUUACUCCUAUUUUUUAUUUAUUUUUUGUCAAAAAAAAUAAAAUAAAAUAAAUAAAGUUACUGUUAAAAAAAAUGAAAACAGUGUCUUUGAUGGGUAAAUUUACUGUUCAUUUCUGAAGUAUUGUUCAUGAUAGCGUCAAGACACUCAUAUAUUAACAAUAGAAGCUGGUACUGUGUAACAUGCAAAAACAAAUAUAUGUGGUCUCACAUGUUCCCAUGUGUUGCUACAACUGUUUGCGUAAGGUGUGUGUAUUGUUUUAAUAUUUUUUUUUACAUUUUGACCACUUUUUUUUAAUUGCAUUCCCUGCCUCAAGGUGGCUUCACAUGUAUCCGCAUGGACCUCUCAGAACUACAUUUCCCAUCAUCCUCCUGCUCACUGGUAAAUCCAUCUCAGUUACAUAUGUGAGCGGGAGGAUGAUGGGAAAUGUAGUUGUAUGUAACACAAUAAAAUAAAAAGGUCAUUAUGUGCCCUUUAAAACGUACACUGCUUUGAUUUAGUCAAAUGGGGUUCCGUUUUUUAUCUUGUCUUGUAAAAAUCGAGUUUAAAAAAAUGUUUUUUUUUAGCCGUCUGCUUUGGUAAACAUGAGAGCCGGUACAAUAAAUAUUUAUGUGGAAGCUAUUGGGAUUUGAAUGCUAUUUCUGGAGCAGUCAAUUUUUCAAAGCUGCUACAGAUUUGUGGUUGUAAAAAGCUUAAACAAACAUUUUCAUAGAAAAAAUGUACCAGCAAGUUUUUACUGAAGUUGCAUAAGAGACCCUGAAAUGUUUGGCUGCAAUUUUUGUAAAAUGAAAAAGGAAUAUUUCUCUAAAAAUAGGAGUAAAUGCCAGUAAAUGCGAUUGCCACAUCAUUACUCAUAUGUUACCGGUGUUAGAGUGCAUGAAGGGUGGACGGAGGGUGAGUAUAAAGUUGCAAACAGUCUGCUCUUCAUAUGAAAUCAAUGGGGAGAAUCUAUCAGAACAAGAAUUGCCGCACGAUCCUUGUUGUAAAUCAAUCUAAAGCACCAUCCUCAGAAUUGAAAACGUUGUGUCUUGCUAUAUUACAUCUUCCAUAGGUGCCUCAUACAGUAUUGUGAUACUCUGAAACAUAAAUUUGCACCUUGUCAUUGUCAUGGCCUCAGUGUAGAGUUAAAGCAUGUGAAAUGAUCAUUGCGGCCCAGUUUUGAUUUGUAAGUAUUGUGCAGGGUGUGUUUUUUUUUUUCGUUGGGAGGUUUUGAGGGGGGG